AGGCGAAUAUGAAGACCUUAGAGCGGAGAACCAGAAGACAAAGGAGACGUGUGACAAGAUUAGGCAAGAGCGAGAUGAAGCUGUUAAAAAACUGGAAGAAUUUCAGAAAAUUUCUCAUAUGGUGAUAGAGGAAGUUAAUUUUAUGCAGAACCAUCUUGAAAUAGAGAAGACGUGUCGGGAAAGUGCGGAAGCAUUGGCCACCAAGCUCAAUAAAGAAAAUAAGACAUUGAAACGGAUCAGCAUGUUAUACAUGGCCAAGCUGGGGCCAGAUGUGAUCACCGAGGAGAUAAACAUCGACGACGAGGACUCGGCUGCGGGCACCGAGGGGGCUGGCGAGACUUGUGUCUCCGUUCAGUGCCAGAAGCAAAUCAAAGCACUUCAGGACCAAAUGUUAUCUGUUCAGGAGGAAAAGAAGACAUUAGCCAUUGAGCUGGAAAGUCUCAAGAGCCAACUCGGAGAAGUCAUGGAAGAAGUAAAUAAAGUCAAACAAGAAAAAGGUGCUUUAAAUUCAGAAGUCCUUAAGCAGAGAAAAGUCCUAGACAAAUGCAAUAGAGUGUCCAUGCUGGCAGUAGAAGAAUACGAGGAGAUGCAAGUAAACUUGGAAUUGGAAAAGGACCUUCGGCAGAGAGCAGAGUCGUUUGCACAGGAGAUGCUCAUUGAACAAAACAAGCUAAAGAGACAAAGCUACCUUCUGCUACAGAGCUCCACGCCCGACCAGCAGCUUUCGAAAGCUUUAGAUGACAAUGCCAAACUCGUCCAGCUCCUUGAGGAAGAGAAAAUCCAGCACCAACAAAAGGUCCAAGAGUUAGAAGCACAGCUCGAACAGCAGACCCUCCACAAGGAGAUCCAGCACCUCAAACAACAGCUGGAACUUUUAGAAGAAGAUAAGAAGGAAUUGGAACUGAAGUAUCAGAAUUCGGAGGAGAAAGCCAGAAACCUAAAGCAUUCCGUGGAUGAACUCCAGAAACGAGUGAACCAGUCUGAGAACUCCGUCCCUCCACCACCUCCUCCUCCACCACCACUUCCUCCACCACCUCCCAAUCCUAUCCGAUCCCUCAUGUCUAUGAUCCGGAAACGAUCCCACCCCAGCGGCAGUGGUGCUAAGAAAGAGAAGGCCGCGCAGCCAGAAACAACUGAGGAAGUCACCGAUCUGAAGAGGCAAGCGGUUGAAGAGAUGAUGGAUAGGAUUAAAAAAGGAGUUCAUCUUCGACCGGUUAAUCAGACCACGCGACCGAAGGCAAAGCCGGAAUCUGCCAGAGGCUCUGAGAGUGCAGUGAAUGAACUGAAAGGGAUCUUGGGGACACUUAACAAAUCCACUAGUUCCAGAAGCUUAAAAUCCCUUGACCCUGAAAACAGUGAAACUGAGUUAGAAAGGAUUUUGCGCCGCAGGAAAGUGACGGCAGAAGCAGAGAGCAGUAGUCCAACCGGGAUAUUAGCCACCUCAGAGUCCAAAUCCAUGCCAGUGUUGGGUUCUGUAUCCAGUGUAACAAAAGCAGCCUUGAUCAAGAAAACUCUGGAGGCAGAAUUCAACAGCCGGUCCCCCCCCACACCUGAGCCAGGUGAAGGGCCCCGUAAAUUGGAAGGAUGCACGAGUUCCCAGGUUGCCUUUCAGCCUCCCAGUAGCUCUGGCUGCAAGACAUCAGACAUGGGCAGUGCCGAAGCAGCCGGACCAGUUGUCGUUUUAGAUCAUCUUACCACCCAUGAACCCCAAACCAAAGAUCAGGUGGCUGAAAAAGAUUCAACUCAACCCCCGAAGGAAGAGGGCAGCGGGAAACCAGAAUGCCAAGAGGAGGGCCGUGAACCGACCCAAGAGGCCGACAGCUCCCACUGUUGAUCCCCUGGGCACCUUCGGGCGGCCUUUGCAACAAGCACACGAUUCCUUCUGGGUGCCUUGGCAAGGGCUAUAGACAUUCUGUCCUUGUCAAUCAAUAUUCAGAACACAGGUUCUUUUCAAAUGUUACUUUGUAAGGAGUUAGCUAUAAACUUAAGCUAUAUAGAAAGGUAUACAUUCUUAAGUAGUUUGGGGUUUUGAUCUUUAUAGGGGAUAAGAUUUUCUUUUGGUUUUCCCUCCUAGUUACUGUAUUUAAGUGUGGCUGCUUUUCAGAGGGGUUAGCCCACCCCCACCCCCCAAAUCUGGAUCUUGGUAUCUUUUCAGUAAUGUGCAUACCACUCACCAUAUGUCAGGCUGGCCAUCUUGGGUACUUGUGGAUAAUGGGACAGACAGAACUUCCUAAGUGUGAUUUGAAAGGACCCCCAAGAAGCUUCUCCUUGGGGUCUGAUCUUGAUCUCUUACCGUGGAGACGUUUUGCUGGAGCAUUGUGGCAUGUUGAGUUGCUUUCUCAGGAGUUUAAAAUACAAGAGCUGACGUCAAAUGAUGGUCCCCUUGUCAACUGUCAGUUAACUGUGGGAUCCGACAUUCACAUCACUGAUCCUGGCAAAGCUUCCUGGGCACUUUGGUGGCCUGAGGCAGAAUGCAGAGAAUACCAAAGUCCAACCGCUGGUUCAGUGCAGUAUUAUCUCCUUAAGCCCCAUGCUCCAUGCUGGUGAGUUCACCUUGUUUUCUCCUGUCUACUAAUGGGGCACACGGGCCACAUUUUACCACGGUUCUCGAAGACAGUGAAGACAAUCGACAGGCACACCGUUUUCUUGUUUCACUGCUGUUCUUACAUUACGCAGGGUUUUUUGUUUGGUGUGUGUGUGUGUGUGUGUGUGUGGUGUGUUUCCCCCAAAUAAAUUAAGUGGUAGUUAGUCUCUAAAAAUACAAUGCUUCAGGCUACCACAGUGAACAAACAGAACAGCAAUCAGGGACCCCCCCCUUUUCAUUUAUGCAGCUUUUCAAAGUUGAUUGUUUCAAAAUUGGUGUUUAUUUAAGAUAUGUAGUAAUGUACUUGAAUGCAUUUUUUAUGACAAUGAUUCAGUAACGGUAAUUUUACUAUUAAGGGAAGUGGAAGGUGUCGUUCUGUUAGCAUGGCUCAGCAUGUAGCUGUCAGGUGCUCUUCACCU